AUGACCGUCGACGCGCUUCCGAGCUGCCAAUCCAUGGCGGACGUUUUUCCAUCAUGUUCCUGUCGACCGUGCGGAUGUAAUUUCACCAUGUGUAGCACGCCCUACGUAAUCAAGGCCUAUCUCGGCGAAAGUAGUACCAUUCGUCGCAUCGCGUUUCUUGACUGCUCCCCUCCGCCAUUCGACCUGGUCGACCUUCGAAUCCGCAAGCAAUUCAAUACCCCUGCUGAUAAGCACCUCUUGUUUGUGUACAAUGACACGGACGGAGACAUGCUGGUGCUCUCCACUAGCGAGGACCUCUAUGACGCGUUUGUUCUCCAGAAGCAGAACCCGCUGAUAGUGAGAGUUUAUGACAGCAACGGCGUAACAGAUUCCGUCAAUCUGACAGACUCAGUCAACGUGAAAUCUUACGUCAAUUGUGGUACUACUACCCACGGCACCAGCGUUUCUGUCGGCGUCAGCACUCCCCGGGAGCUGUUUCAACCCCUCUCUUCUUCUGAAGCAGCAGCAGCAGCAGCAGCAGCUGCAGCUACAGCUCCUCCCUCACCAGCCUCUGCUUUAGAGUCGACUCAUGCACCACCACCAGUGCCCGACCCUGCUGCUGUUCCCCCUCCCGCCGCUGCUCUCUCUCCCGCCGUUGCUCCCUCUCCCGCCUCUGCUCCCUCUCCCGCAUCUGCUCUCGCUCCCGCCUCUGCCCUCUCGACCGCUUCAGCUCCUACCGCCUCAGCUGCCCCGUCCGCCUCAUCUCACAACUGUGGCUGUGCUUCGGCUUCCCCUUCCCUCCCUGGACCUGCCCCCACUCCUCCUGCUGGUUCUAUCACUGCCUUUCCUCCCUCCCAUGUCACCCCCACCAUCUACCGGUAG